AUGGAGAGGGAGACUGCACUCCCUAAGGACGAUCCUGAGGUUGCUAUAUAUAGGGAGACGGAGGAAGUAGGAAUAAGUAGUAAAGACGGAGAAAAUGAAGAGGAACCCGAAUCAGUUGUCGAUGGCGUCUCUGGCAGUGAUACCAAUGAGGAGGAAGUGGGGAAAAAUAUUGACGAGCUCAGCCCAAAUAUUUCUUGUCCAGAACUGCCCAAAGUUCUGCUCCAACGUAUUUUAACGGAUGCACAUUGUCCGAAACCCACUGAACCUGCGAAGAAAGAUGGUGGUUUUUGUUGGAUAAUCGUCAUCGCUAGUUUUCUGUCAUGGUUCUUGUUUGCCGGUACCCGAAGCAGUAUUGGACUUAUCCAGGAAGAGUUUGAGAAUAGAUUAAAAGACAGCCCCACGGGACUAUCGUGGACAGGGGCAAUGGUAAAUGCCAUUCCUCUUUUACUAGCUCCAGUUAUAUCAGUUUUAACGAGAAUCACAAGCUGUGGAUUUCUGACAUCUUUAGGCGGCGUGAUCACUUUUGCUGGAUUUUUGCUGGUGACAUUCACUGACACAGUACCUUUGAUUUUAGUAGGUUUGGGACUAUUUCCUGGCUUGGGAUUAGGCCUAAUGGCACUUCCAUCAACAUUUAUGGUCAGUGAUUGUUUUGAUAGUAGACGAGGUCUUGUCAUAGCAUUGAGUACAGCUGGUGGAGGCUUGGGGUUCAUUGUUUUCCCGGUCUUGUUCUCCUUCAUGGUCAACUUUUAUGGUCUAAAGGGAACGCUUUUGGUGUGUUCUGCUCUCUACCUAAACGGGUUUCUCUUCGGUAUUAUCUACCGUCAAAAGGAAAAGCAACCAAAGAAAAUUGAGAAAAAAUCAACUUUCUCAGAAAUGAAGAAGACCUUUUGCGACAAAGAUGUCUUCUGUUCCUAUAACUUCUUUCCAAUGAUAUUUUCAAACAUGAUGUUUGGUGCCUCCGACACCAUUCCAUUCCUGUUUAUACCUUCAAAGGCCGAAAGACUUGGUUUCUCGUUGGAAUUGUCGGCCAUGUUGAUUUCUGCUAUUGGUUUUACUAGCAUCACUGGAAGAAUCGGGAUCGGAAUUCUCACUGGGAAAUCUCAGUGCAGACGACUAGGAUCCUUCAUUGCUGCGUUUCUCAUUAGUUCGGUUUCAAUGGCUCUGUACGCCUUUACAGAAAGAUACGUUAUUCUUAUCAUAGGUAGUUGCGUUUUUGGAGUGUCAACAGGGCGAGUACACAGGAUGACCCGCUUUAUGUAAUGUAUAAUGAAAGUAAUCUUCUAACGAGAACACAGUUGUAUCUUCUCUUUUUGAAAAAAAAAAACUUUUCAUUUUUCGUAUUCAUUACAGCUACGUUUUUAAACAUUACAUAUACCUGAUGAAAUAAAAUUCUAACAUAUAUUUUAAUAACAUAUUAACCAUACAUAUUUUCGGAUAACUCUUAUGUUGAAUAAAUUACAUUGAAUUUUAGCUUUAUGGUCAA